AUGUUUCGCUGGUAUCAGCAUGCGAUGAAAUGCUACGUCUAUCUAUCUGAUGUUUCGACAGCAAGGCCGAGUGCAUAUGAAUUCUCUGAAUUUACUUGGGACUCGUCUUUCUUGGAAAGCAGAUGGUUUACCCGGGGCUGGACCCUUCAAGAGCUUCUUGCCCCGCAUUCAGUCGAAUUCUUCUCCAAAGAAGGCACGCGUUUAGGUGAUAAGAAAUCGUUAAAGCGGCAAAUUCAUGAGAUAACAGGAAUCGCUACCCUGGCCCUUCGAGGUACCCCAUUAGAGGAGUUUGGUAUUGAGGAGCGAUUAUCGUGGGCAAAAGGCCGUCGGACCACGCGCAAAGAAGAUAAAGCGUACUCGCUACUGGGUAUAUUUGGGAUCUACAUGCCGCUCAUCUAUGGUGAAGGCGAAGAUAACGCAUUCAGACGGCUUCAGGAAGAGGUCAAUAAGCCUUCAUACGGCGCCCAACGGAAAACGGAUUCGCCUUCUAUUGUAGAAGCAUCCAUCGCCACCAUCCAACUCAUCAAUGCCGCGUCGAUAUCGAUAUCCUCCUUUAUACGAUCUGUCCGCGAAUCUCGGCCGGAUCUCAACCUUGUCGAAAAU